AUGAAGCCGAGCGGCGAGGACGGGGCGGCGCAGGCCGGGGGCCCGUGGGAGGAGUGCUUCGAGGCAGCGGCGCAGCUGGCGUUGCGGGCUGGACAGAUCAUCAGGAAAGCCCUUUCUGAGGAAAAACGUGUCUCAACUAAAACGUCAGCCGCGGACCUGGUGACAGAAACAGAUCACUUGGUGGAGGCUCUGAUCCUGCAGGAGCUGCAGCAGCGCUUUCCCUCCCACAGGUUCAUUGCAGAGGAGGCUGCAGCCGCUGGGGCCAAGUGCGUGCUUACCCCAAGCCCCACCUGGAUCGUCGACCCCAUUGAUGGCACCUGCAACUUCGUGCACAGGUUCCCGACAGUGGCAGUGAGCAUUGGGUUUGCUGUGAACCAGGAGCUGGAAUUCGGGGUGAUUUACCACUGCACCGAGGAGCGGCUGUACACGGGCCGGAGGGGCCGGGGCGCCUUCUGCAACGGCCAGCAACUGCACGUCUCCGGGGAGACAGAUCUCUCCAAGGCCCUGGUUCUGACAGAAAUCGGGCCCAGACGAGACCCCACGACACUGAAGCUGUUCCUGAGCAACAUGGAGAGGCUGCUCCGUGCUGGGGCCCAUGGCGUCCGCGUCAUCGGCAGCUCCACCUUGGCACUCUGCCACCUGGCCUCGGGCGCCGCCGACGCCUACUACCAGUUUGGCCUGCACUGUUGGGACCUGGCUGCAGCCACUGUUAUCAUCAGGGAAGCAGGCGGCGUCGUGAUGGACACGUCAGGCGGGCCGCUAGACCUCAUGUCUUGCAGGGUGGUUGCUGCGGGCACACGGGAAAUGGCAGUGCUCAUAGCUCAGGCCCUACAGACGAUUAACUACGGGCGGGACGAUGAGAGGUGA